AUCAAUUUACAAAUUAAUCAUUAUCAACAAUCAAAAUGAAAUACGCAACAAUUUUUGUAGUAGUAGCUUUAGCUACCAUUGUCUACGCUGUACCAAAACCAGACGACCAUUAUACAACCAAAUACGAUACCGUUGAUAUCGAUGAACUUAUUAAAAAUGAUCGAUUGUUCAAUAAUUACCUUGCUUGUCUUCUUGGACAAGGAAAAUGUACCAGAGAUGCUGAAGAAAUCAAAAAGCAUUUUAAAGAAUCACUUGCAACAUGCUGCGCCAAAUGUUCCGAAUAUCAAAAGACUGGUUUGGCUAAACUUCAUAAACAUUUAAAAGAAAACAAACCUGCAAAAUUACAAGAAAUUUAUGCGCAAUAUGCUCCAAACAAUGAAUAUGAAACAAAAUGCGUACAAAAUGCUAAAAAAUAGGAAAAAAUAGCUGCCAUGUUAUAUACUAGAAUAAUAUAUCGAUGUAAAAUACCAAGUUUGUUUUAGAAAUAAAGAUUCUAGCUUUCUACUUAA